AUAUUUAAUUUAUGAUUAAAGGAAUAAACACGUUAGCAUGUUGGUUCAAUUUCUUAAGACUUUUGGAGUUUGAUCCAUCGUUUUUAGAAAAUGGUAACACUGUGUUGGAUACACACAAAAAUGGUCGAACGCGACAGCACGUAUCAAUCCAGUAGCGUAAGAUCUUAUUUUAGAUAGGACGAAAGUAAAAACUGGUGAAAACGUUACGACACGGUACACGACGACGUUACGAAGAAGAUUCGAUCGACUAAAACGUAAAGCAAACUAAUAAAAAAAUGAGCAGUGAGAAAAUGACGAAUAUUUUUGAGCGCUUUGCUCUUUACAUGGAGGGUAAUACCCGUGGAGUCGAGAUUAUGACUUAUGGAGUAGCCAGCAUUGGAUUGCUAACCGCACUUUAUAAAAUAAGACCUUUUGCUAAGUUUACAAAACCCUUUGAUGUGCCACAAUACUUCCUCAAAUCAAAAGUGCCUCUGAAGGGUAAGGUGGUACAAAUACAAAUUGACAAUGGACCUCUUAUUAUGGUUGAUCACAAACCAUUGAUUCCUCUACCUCGAUUAGGAAAAAGUAAACAGUUACCAGUAAAAAUUGCAGGAGUUGACGUAAAUAGUAAUGGAAUCAGUUGGCUGCAGACAGUUGUCAAUAAUAACGAAGUUGUAUUCACACCAUUAUUAAAAGACAAGAACUGGCUGGAAUGCACAGUGGCACUCUUGCAAAAGGAUCAGGAGUCCCUGCAGAUCGGUCGACAAUUGGUAGCAUUGGGGUUUGGUACGGUGCGUCAAUUACCAGCAGAUCUUUUGAAGAACAAGGAAGUUUCGUCAUACCAGAAGUCAUUGCUUAUUGCUCAAAAAUGGGCUCAACGCCGAAGAAAUGGAUACUGGCAAUUCAUAAAACAGCCAACCUUAAUAUGGCAGAUAAAAAAUGCAGUCAAUCAAAAAUUGAGUUCCAUAUUGCCUACUGUCAUUGUCAAGCAAUUUAAUAUUUGAAUCAGUACUAAUCACUUGUUGACUAUUUCCUUCACUGUGAUUGCUUCUAUUCAUAGUUUACUAUUCAGUGAAUAUUGAGCUUAAUUGAACCAACUCAUUAAUCCUUCGUCUUAUUUUAAUUUUGGCAUGUUUUUCAUACACUGAAAAUAUUUCUUCAAUUCAUGAAAAUAUUUUGAUACGCGCCAUUAUCUUAUAUCGAACAGGCUUCGAUGAUUGCGGUAUUUACCGCUAACAUGAAUAUUUGCCCACUUGCAAAAUGUGCCUCUUGUACAAAGAAUUCAGAGCAUGCAAGGUGAAAUACGGUAUUUUUUUGUUAUUCGUGUGGCUGAAAACAAAUGAUACGCAGUGCAAGUGAUCACGAGAGAAUGCGAUGUAUGCCCGUCAAAUGAUAUAGGAUUAAAUAAAGUUUAUAUAUAAAAA